GGCGAACAAAGAGGGAGCGAGCCCGGAGCCGGCCAUGAGGGGCCGCCGGCCGGCGGGGAGCGGGUGAAGAGGGGGGGCUCCAUGGCCGGCGGGUCGGGGUGAGGAGAGGUCGGUGAGGGGAGGCUGAGGCGAGGCGAGGCAUGGCGGGCGUCAGCUACUCGCCGCCCUGGUGGGUGAGCCUGCUGCACCGCCUGCCGCACCUCAGCCUGCGCUGGGAGCUCACCUCCGCCGAUUUUCGUCCGCACGACGCCGAGUACCAGCAGGCCCUGCUGCUGUUGGGUGGCGUGGCGCUCUCCUGCCUGGCUCUGGACCUGCUCUUCCUCUUGUUCUACUCCUUCUGGCUGUGCUGCCGCCACCGAAAGAGCGAAGAACACCUCAACGCCGACUGCUGCUGUACAGCGUGGUGUGUCAUCAUCGCGACCCUGGUGUGCAGUGCUGGAAUUGCUGUUGGCUUCUAUGGGAAUGGAGAGACGAGUGACGGUAUUCACCGGCUGACCUACUCGCUACGCCAUGCAAACCGCACUGUGGCAGGUGUCCAGGACCGGGUGUUAGAUACCGCGGUGGCCCUGAACCAAACAGUGGAGCCAAACUUACUCAUCCUGGAGGAGAUGUUUGCGAAGCAGACAGACUACCUGCACAUUAUCCAGAAGCUGCAAGGUCUCUUGGAUGAUCUGGUCAGGCAAACAACUGAGAUCCCCUUUUGGAAGAAUGAAGAGCUGUCCCUGGAGGAGCUGGCAAUUCAAAUUGACCUCUAUGACUGGUACAGGUGGCUGGGUUACCUGGGCCUGCUCCUGUUCCAUGUUCUAAUAUGUUUGCUGGUGCUCUUUGGACUCAUUAGAAACUCCAGGGCCAUUCUUUUGGGGGUGUGUUUGCUCGGGGUGUUUGCCCUGAUUGUCAGCUGGGGAUCCUUGGGUCUGGAGUUGGCUGUUGCGGUGGGUUCCAGUGAUUUCUGUAUUAACCCUGAUGCUUACGUCUCCAAAGUGGUUGAAGAUAAUGCAGUGCUUAGUGCUGAUACCUUCCGCUAUUACAUCACCUGUAGUGCUGGAUACCCCAACCCUUUCCAGCAGAAGCUGUCAGGAAGUCACAAGGCUCUGGUGGAAAUGCAAGAUGAUGUUAUGGAACUCGUGAGGUCAGCAAGCAGAGAGCACCCCACCUCCAAGGAGUAUCUUAUGCGGAUCCAGGAGGUUUUAAAUUCAACAGAGAUCAACUUGCAGCAACUGACAGCUUUAGUAGACUGUCGAAGUCUGCAUUUGGAUUACGUCCAGGCUUUGACGGGCUUUUGCUAUGACGGAGUGGAAGGCCUCAUCUACCUGGUUCUCUUCUCCUUUGUCACAGCCCUCAUGUUCAGUUCCAUUGUGUGCAGUGUCCCACACACUUGGCAGCAAAAGAGAAGCUCAGAUGAUGAUGGGGAAGAAGAAUCAGCUGCUCAGGGGAGCAGACAGACACACGAUAAUCUUUACAGAGUGCACAUGCCCAGCCUCUAUAGCUGUGGGAGUAGUUAUGGCAGUGAGACCAGCAUUCCAGCAGCAGCACACACAGUCAGCAAUGCUCCCGUCACAGAGUACAUGAGCCAGAAUGCAAAUUUCCAGAACCCCCGUUGUGAGAAUACCCCGCUCAUUGGCCGGGAGUCCCCACCUCCCUCAUUGUAUUUGGCUGCCAUGGACAGUAGCAGCCAUAUGAGCUGGCAGCUUAAGCCCUCGGACAGUGCACGGACAUACUGGUAACAGCGCCCGCAAAUGGAACAGUACACCUCCAGCAUGAGAGCCAAAUACCUCGCCACCAACCAACCUCGUCCAGAUGCUGGCAGCGUGCAUUAAAAUGAAAAAGCUAAAGCAAAAAAAAAAAAAAGGCAAAAAACAAAAACAAAACAACAAGAAACCCACAUGUGCAGUCAGACAAAACAAUGUGCCAACUGCUGUGCCCCUGUGCUGUCCUCGUAGAACAAUCCUGCUGUUCUGCCCAAAAUCCAGUGCAGCUCCUGUUUCUCCAGCCCAGACCACCCCUCCAACCUGGUACCUGCCUACUGGAGUGGAAGCCCCUUUUGAAUUUCAGCCUUCACUUUGCUUUACCUGAUGUGCAAGAGAGAGCAAGCACGUGCAGGCAAGCAACCAAGAGAUUACCAUCCCGUCCUGAAUUCCAGCUGCCUGGGGCCAGCUUUAACAGAGUAGCCCAGUAGAAAAUGUUGGUAAAUAUCUUCUGCCCCUGUUUUUUCCCCUUCUGUUCCUCAGAGGGAUGCGGUGAAAGAUGGUGGUAGAUCUUGUUACUUCUGCAGUGGGAUCAGCGGAGCUGCCCCGUCUGUCAAACACUGAAGAGGCAGAAUUUCGUGUCUGUGACUAGCGAACAAUGAGGGGAAGCUGAGCCAACGCACAAUACAGCAUCUGGGGGGGAGUCCUCCGGUCCAGCACCCUGUGUGAGGGAGGAAGAAAACCCCUGCCUCUUGGUGUCACUGUAUAUCCACUGUAAUCUGUGAGCCUGUGGCUCUUUUCUAGAGAAAACCACUCCACUAGCAUGGUAACUUAAAAAAAAUCAAUUAAGAAAGCGCUGUUUUCUUUCCCACUAUAUCUAGCAUGUGAAUUCUCCAGGAGGAGCAGGGGGUCACAGCACCACCUAAGUACCCGGUCCAUUGCUCUGAAUCUGACCUCUCUGCUCCACCAGGGAAACCCAGGUACUUGCAGAUGGCAUUCUCGGUGCUGCUUUUAUGAGGCCGACACACAGAACAAACAGGAGCCAGCCACCACCCACUUGGUGCCAAACUUUUCCAGGAAAAGACUUGUAAGACUUUAUGGUUUUAUUUUUGUGCUUUUUUGUUGUUGUUGUUGUUUUGUUUUGUUUUUGUUUUUUGCACUUAAAGAGUUUCAGCUCUCUGAUAUUAGGUCUUAUGGGACAGUCAGCUUGCAAAAGCAAGAGGGACUGCAAGCACCAAUGGGUUUAUAGAAAAUGCAAACUCCCUGCAGGAGUGACCUGUGAACUCUGGUGGACUUUAUUUUUCUUUUUUUUUUAUUCCUUUUUUUUUUUUUUAAUCACAGUUUACAGCACAGGGUUGCUGAACUGGCACUGAAGGAAGUUUUUUUGGAGCCUCAAUCCUAACAAACUCACAAAAUCCUCAGUAUAUCUUCUUCUGUGCUCCAGAAUCAGAAACACAAAUGCCAUCAUUUGGGCAUUUGGAGAACGUUGUGACUGUCAGAACAUAUUUUUUUUCUAAUUGUUUUUGUUUUUCAAGGCACAUUGCUAACCACUAUCUGACUAUAUUCAGGCACAUGUAGGCAUUUUUCUAGGCAUGAGCUAGAUCAAGGCUUGCAAAGGGGCAGCUGGGUGCCUGCAAAGGGCAACAUCCUCCAUUGGUGCUGUACUUUCCACUGAAGAGCAGUGCUCCAAAGGGCACUGACCACUUCCUACUGGAAGAGCAGGCUGCCUCUUGGGCAGCUAGUAGUACUGUAGAGUACUGGCCUUUCAGUAGGGAAACUAUGAUGUUCCUUCUUCUGUUGAUUUUUUUUUUGUUUUUGUUUUUUAACCUCUGAGCAGCAGCAUCUCAGUGUGGCUGCUGAGCAUGAUAUUAAAUAACUGGCAGAAGAAAUAAAGUGGGAAAUAUCCCUCAGACUGGAGUUGGGCCAUUGGCAGAGGCAGUUAAUCUUCACGUUGGUGAUGUUCAGGCUUGGUGUCCCUUUACCCCACGUUUGCUGUACGGGGCGCAAAAUCUACCAAUCUGCCUUUACUCAAGUCAGUUGCCUUCUUGCAGUGAGGUAAGGAUUGCUCCUCGCAAUGAUGGUGUUUGCUCUCAAAGGAUACCAGCUCUGUGGAAAGCGAACUUUGAGCUCCUCUUAAGAAGAUAAACCACUAACAGAACAAAAAGCUGUAGGCCAGCUUGUACCAUUCAAAGGAGUGAGGGAGAAAGGGAAGAAGACAAGGCACCGCGCAACCAGGAAGAGAAGGUUUGGGAGAAAACUUCACACUUCACCGUAAAUCUGUGGAAGCAGGAUUUUCUUGCUCAGGACUGAGUAGGCCUUUCAGACACGUUUGAUGGGCUUCACACUGAAACAUACCUCGGUGUUAUCAAAUAACAAGGGCAGGGAAACAUAGCCGCAGGUUGUAUGGAGGGAUUUCUGUGGCUCUCGAGCACCAGGUAUUCCACCCUGUCUUAAAGCCUACCAGAAGACCCCAGGCGUGCAAGCACGUGGCACGGUUAGCUUGCAGAGCCCAAAGUAUGCAACUGCUAUCCAGGGGGGGACUGAACCUUCCCCUCGCUUUGAAGAAAGAAGCAAGAGCCAUAUAAUGCUUACUAAGAACAAAUCGUUUUGCCGUCAUCUGUCCCUGCAAGGGUGUGCCCAGAUUGCUACUUUGGCUGUCAUUUGUAGGGGAGUUGCCCUAAAAUCUGUGGCCUGAUCCUGCUCCAUGAAGGCAAGCGUUUUGGAGGCUGGAGGGUGUGGGGAACCCUGUGAGGACAGGUGCUUCUGUAUACUGACAUUGCUGUAUACAGAAAGCAUCCUGCAUAUGGAUGUGAUUGCAUUUUGGGAGGGGUUGGAUCCAAAUUGCCACAGGGGCGUUGUCUGUGCCAGCAGGGGCAUGGGGAGCCUGUGCCUCCUGUUUGCAGCACCUAACGCAGCAGCCACCUUAUCCUGCUUCCUUCCAAGGCUUGGCGUAGUCACUCGUAACACCCAGAACAGCUUCUGACAAUGUUGGGGCUUGCAGCAAGGCACAGAUGUGGAGAUAUGUGCUCUGUGACUUCGAAAUAUAACUGGAAAGAAUGUUAUGGAGAUGACGUUUUGCUCUCUGGAGGCCAGCAUAACAAGACUGCAGUGUGAGCUGUGUACUUUUGUCCAGCCAGCACUUCCUUUACUUGACAUGGAUAUUGCACUUUUGUAAAGCAUCCUGGAACUCUGCUGCCCCGCUGCAUGCUGUGCAGAGCGCUGGAUAGGAAACACAGACAAACGGUUUGGUUUUGUUUUAUUAUUGUUGUUAGUACUUUCUUUUUCCUUUUUUUUUUUUUUUUUUUCUACUGGAACCUUGAGCGACAGUGUGGCAUUUCUGCAGGCUGGUCUGAGUGGAUCUGCUGAAGAACAGAUGGCCUUUGCCUAUUCUUAUGGCUGCGACGUAAUCAGUCUCAUCCAUAUGGUCACACUUUGUCUGAGGAGUGGACUUUGAAAAGCCAAGAUCUCCCAGACUCUGUGCCUCCCUCUCGGGUGAACAGCAGGUGCUAUCUGGCGAAGACUCAUCUGUUCUGGAUGGCAUUCAUGGUUGAGGGAGUCCAAGCUCUUCGGGCUGUAGGGGGGAAAGCUGUAGAGACCUCUCUCUCUUCCAUUGUGUGUCUUUGUUCUUAAUGUGACAAAGCGCCAAGGCUGUAUCGCUUGGCAUGUCCCAGCUGACCUUAUCAGAACAUGAAUCAUGUCACUGGUCGCUAACAAAAGGGUCCAGGAGUCAGGGGAGCUGAGAUUGGCCUCUGGACGCCUCGCUGACUGCAACAGGGAAGGCGGCUUGUCCGGUUGAAGGUGACUGCAUCGGUGAAGACACUUCAUGUUACUUUUUCAGAAGCACAAAUGUGGUCAUUGGCUUGUCUGGUUGGCUUGGUUUAUUUCCACUGCAUCAUCAUGUGUGAAUGACUUUUUCUUUUGGAACUGAGAACUCUUCCAAGCACACGAACAUCUCCACAAUGUGAAAUGUAAAUAGCAUGUUGGACUCUUGCGUCCAGUGUUCAAGACUGCAUUGUAAUUGUAAAGGAAAUCAAAUCAAGACUUGGCUGUGAAUUUCUUGUGCUGUCUUGGGAAUAUAACUGUAGUGUUUGUAUCCUGUAUGUACUAUUAAACUGAGUUCAUUUUAUGUGCUGAUAAAAGGGUUCAAGCUAAGAUUUUUAGCGUGCAUCCAUGUACCCAAAUGUGAAGGAUGGAGUGCUCCCUUCCCCUCCUGUCCUUUUUAAGUUUUCUCCAUUUGAUAGGUGUUAAUUUUCCGUGUACAGUCAUCUCAGCCAAGAUGCAAGGAUGUCCAUUUGAGUGCUUUGAGGAGGACAUGGGGAUUUCAGUGAUCCCAAGUCAGGAUUUCUAUAGCAGUUCCCUAAAAACUAUGUAGUGUUCACAUUAAAAGCUUGGCCUUUCUGAGAGUAAACAGCUUCUUGGGGGGCUGCCUAGCCAUCGCUCGUGAGAGCUCUUGGUACUACAGGGUGAUAGCAGGCAGGAUCGCAUGGAUACCCGUGCGAGCAAGGUACAGAUACCCGUGUGGAUAAACCCACGUUAACUUCUGGUCCCGCCUUCCAGCAGCAGCUGAAAUUGCAUGCUGAGCCCUUUGAAGAAGAGAGCAGUGUCUUGGCUUGUUGCUUAGAGCCACCCCACCUGAUUGAGGUGCAGAUUAGGUGGGUGGGUUUCUCCUUAGGUAGGGAAGGGUCUUUGAAGUACUUCCUACAUAGGGACCAAGCCAGGGUCUUCCCCUGGCAAACAAAUCUGUUAGUAACUCACUGAACGUCUCCGGGUGGGAGGGGAGAAGCCCUCCAGGCAGAUACUAAGGAGUAGAUCUAACACCUUGAGAGAGGGGGACCCGACCAGACUUAAUCUGUACCUUUGGCCAGGUGGCUUCUUUCGUCGCCAACUACUCUCAUUUUCCAGAGGUGAUCUGUGUGCGUGCGAUGGAUGGUUUCUAGUCCUUCCAGGAGGCCCAGCAGAAGCGUGGGAUGCUUUGGUAGCAGUUCCUAGAUGGCUAACAAGCAGUCUGUGCUUUUGGGGGGAACAGUGGGAUCUCCUGCCAAGCUGUGAUGGUGAGUGUGUUGCCCAGCUGGGAGAGAGAAGGGAUGGGUCGCCGGUGGCCCCGAGCUGCCAGGUGCACACCCAGCCCCUGUGGCUGCGUGCGUGAACAAAGUGGAACAUAAAUUGAUGUUCAACCAGAAAGUUCAUAAUACUCCUUUCCUAAAGAGGAUAACUGUAGCAUGAAGCUCUAGGUGCUCUGCGUAUUUGAUACCACAUUGCUCCUCACUAUGCAAUUCCAAACUCCUUCCUUCCUCUUCCUCCUCUAAUCUCCCACGAAGACUUCUCCAGUGGCCUCUGUGCAGGAGGGCACUGGGCUCCCAGAAAAGCUUCAUUUCUUUCAUCGUCCUCUGCGCUGGGGCCGGGUGCCCAGCUGCCAUGUCGUGUGCCUCAGGUCCCUUGUUAACGGGAGGCCCCAUGAGUUUCAUCCACGUCAUUCAGAGGGAAGUUUUUUUUUGUUUUAUUUUGUUUUUUUCUUGGACACUGUGCACAGAAACCUAAUGGUGAACAUGUACCUGGCCUUUUUGUAACUUUUCUGUUUUUUUUUUUUUUUUUUUUUUUUUUCUUAACCAUAAUGGUUGUAUAUCAUACCACUUUAUAUACAUAUAUAAUAUAUAAAUAUAUAUAAUUUUUUUUUUAAACUUUGAACCUGCUAGUUUCUUUGAAGAGUUCCUGCACUUACCCAAAAUGUUUUUAAAUUGUGAGGGUUAAAGAGGAUUGAGCCCAUUUUUGUAUCUUUACUUUUAAUUCUGUAGUUCUAUUGAUUGUAAUGUAGCUAUUUUUUACUGUAACUUUUUGGUUUGCAAAUACUAAAAAAAAAAAAAAAAAAAAAAAAAAAGAAAAAAAUGUAAUUUCUGUGGUUUCUAUUCAGCUUGGGUUUCAUGUUUUAAAAAUAAACAAUAUAAAACCAC